UUGACGGGAAUUUUCCGAUUUCAGUUCGAGAUCACCGAUCUUCGAGGGAAUAUGCAACGCGACAAACCACGUGAGACCCUGAACGGACAGCGUUUGAUCGAAUUCCGACUGGGUCAUGAAGCCGAGACCGAACAGGGUCUAUCGGUGGCGCGCGCCGAGUUACUCGUGCGCGCGGAAGCACCGCGUGCGCGGCGACCGCGCUACACGCUGUGGGCGUUUACCGUAGCAGGCAAUGGUAGCGCGACGCGCGUAGGGGCCCUAGCUGGUGCUACGCGUGGCGCCGCACGCGCAUGGCAGCGACUGGACGUGACGGGCGCGGCGCGCCGCUGGGCGGCGGCUGGCGCGCGCGCCCCUCUACGGCUGUUACUGGAUUGUAGCGGUUGCGCGGGUCGCGUGCGGCUACGGCUGGGAGGCGCGGCGGCCGCCCGCCCAUUGCUACGACUCACGCUACGGCAACAUGCUACGCGCCGCCGCCGCGCGCUCGACUGCGACGCUGCCGCACGCGGCCGCUGCUGCCGCCAGACCUACUACGUGAGCUUCCGCGCGCUCGGCUGGGAUGACUGGAUCGUAGCGCCGGAGGGCUACUACGCGAACUACUGCCGCGGUGCCUGCGCGCCCUUCCUUAACUACCACGCGCAGGUUGUGGAAGCGGCGAAAUUGGAGCGCGCCGCGUGCUGCGCUCCCGUGCGCUUCUCCGCGCUGUCGCUCAUCUACUUUGGCGCCGACUCGAACAUCAUCAAGCGCGACUUGCCCGAGAUGGUGGUCGAGGAGUGCGAUUGCCCGUAG